CCAGCCGCCUGAUUGACAGCCCGAAAUCUGAUAUUGUGAAAGAGACGUGGAGCCAAUGGGAGGCAGCGAUCCAUCAGUUUGGAUUGGAGGCCCCUGGAGGAGAAGUAGAGGAAAAACCACCGAAUUGAGCUCUGUCAGAGGCGCUUUCGGCUUCCAAGGGGAAAUGCUGGGCAAUAAUUAAUGUUUUUAUUAAAUUUGGAGGGAAUUUUUUGCAGCCGUUCUCCUAGCGUGGCCUUCAGGUUGCUAGAAGUCCAGAUCCCGAGGAAAUCUCCAGCUAAAUGCUCAAAAUAUAAAACACUGAGCUAAUAUUUGCGAAGAGCAGCAGAAUGGAUGGAUUUUAUGACCAGCAAGUGCCUUACGUGGUCACCCCAAGUCAGCGUGGGAGAAAUUGUAACGAGAAACCAACAAAUGUCAGGAAAAGAAAAUUCAUUAACAGAGAUCUGGCUCAUGACUCAGAAGAACUGUUUCAAGAUCUAAGUCAAUUACAGGAAACAUGGCUGGCAGAAGCUCAGGUACCUGACAAUGAUGAGCAGUUUGUGCCAGACUAUCAAGCUGAAAGUUUGGCUUUUCAUGGCCUACCACUGAAAAUCAAGAAAGAACCACACAGUCCAUGUUCAGAACUCGGCUCUGCCUGCAGUCAAGAGCAGCCCUUUAAAUUCAGCUAUGGAGAAAAGUGCCUGUACAAUGUCAGUGCCUAUGAUCAGAAGCCACAAGUGGGAAUGAGGCCCUCCAACCCCCCAACACCAUCCAGUACGCCAGUGUCCCCACUACAUCAUGCAUCUCCAAACUCAACACACACUCCGAAACCUGACCGGGCCUUUCCAGCUCACCUCCCUCCAUCGCAGUCCUUACCAGACAGCAGCUACCCCAUGGACCACAGAUUUCGCCGCCAGCUUUCUGAACCUUGUAACUCCUUUCCUCCUUUGCCGACAAUGCCAAGGGAAGGACGUCCUAUGUACCAACGUCAGAUGUCUGAGCCAAACAUUCCUUUCCCACCACAAGGCUUUAAGCAGGAGUACCAUGACCCAGUAUAUGAGCAUAACACCAUGGUUGGCGGUGCAUCCAGCCAAAGCUUCCCCCCUCCUCUGAUGAUUAAACAGGAACCCAGAGAUUUCGCAUAUGAUUCAGAAGUGCCUAGCUGCCACUCCAUUUACAUGAGGCAAGAAGGCUUCCUGGCUCAUCCCAGCAGAACAGAAGGCUGUAUGUUUGAAAAGGGACCCAGGCAGUUUUAUGAUGACACCUGUGUUGUCCCAGAGAAAUUUGAUGGGGACAUCAAACAAGAGCCAGGAAUGUAUCGAGAAGGGCCCACAUACCAGCGACGGGGGUCACUUCAACUCUGGCAGUUUUUGGUAGCUCUUCUGGAUGACCCUUCAAAUUCACAUUUCAUUGCCUGGACUGGCCGAGGCAUGGAAUUUAAGCUGAUUGAGCCUGAAGAGGUGGCCAGGCGUUGGGGCAUUCAGAAAAACAGGCCAGCUAUGAACUAUGAUAAACUUAGCCGUUCCCUUCGCUAUUACUAUGAAAAGGGAAUCAUGCAAAAGGUGGCUGGAGAGAGAUAUGUCUACAAAUUUGUGUGUGAUCCAGAAGCCCUGUUCUCCAUGGCCUUUCCAGACAACCAGCGCCCACUGCUGAAGACGGACAUGGAGCGUCACAUCAACGAGGAGGAUACUGUGCCCCUGUCUCACUUUGAUGAGAGCAUGGCAUACAUGCCAGAGGGCGGCUGCUGCAACCCGCACCCCUACAAUGAAGGCUACGUGUACUAGCACAAGUGACAGUCACGCAGGGUGGCCUUCCUCGUGCUCCUCCUCCUUCUGCAAGAUGCAGAGAAUCACUGAGUUCUCUUCAAUCUCUGUUUUAUUUUUGUCGUUUGUAUUUUAUUUUUUAAAUAAGAAUACAGAAAAUAGGCUUUUCCUGUUACAUGAUUCUAUGGUCUGUUAUGGACUGCGCACUUUAUUUGUGGGUGGGCGGGAGGGUUCUAAACAUUUAUUCUGUGUAACAGGAAGAAGGUGGGUGAAUAGGCAGGGGAUGUGGUGAUUCCUUUUUACUUAGGCUAGGGAUGGGUCUCCUACUGGUUUUAAGGAUGAUGAAGCUCUAUCAUGUCUCUUUGAUUUCAUAAUAACAUAAGGUAAUGUUCAUUUUUCUCUAGGUAUCUAUGGUACAGCUCAUUUGACGCGUGUAAAUAUCCACUUGGAGACUAUUUGCCUUGGGCAUUGUUUUCCCCAUCAUUAAUGAGUCUCUGCAGGUGUACAAAAAAUAUCUACUGUAAAUGACAGUUUAAUUGUUAGAAAUGACUGUUUUUGCACCUCUUGUAAAAAAAAAAAGGCAUUUAGUGACUGCAUUUGUCAUUUUGUUUUGUUUUGUUUACUUUCUCUAUGACUUGCAAAAGAUAACCAUAAAAAUGGUUCAUCCUCUUUGAAGUUGCAUAUUCACCAUGACUGUACGUGAGGGGAGGCACAACAUGAUUUUGGACUCUGGCUUCUGAGUCACAGGCCAUCAGCAUUACAACGAUCUAAUGCCACCUUGCCGUUUAGGUACAAAUCAUCUUUUAAAGAUUUUGCAGCCCAUUUCAGUUGACUACUACAUGUCAUGGUCCUUUGUACUCUUGAGUUAACUGUUAAAUCUGGGAUCACACUGAAGCAAAAAAAAAAAAAAAGAGAGAGAGAGAAAGAAAAAAAGAAAAAAAAACCUGUCUCCUUUCAGUUCCUUCAGUGCAUAAAUACAUUAUUUAACCAGUAAGAAUUAACUGUACUAAAUCAUCUAUUACGCUGUUCUCCUUACAGCAAGCACUCUGUAAGAAAAAUAUCCACUACACUAAAUAGGUACUAUAGUAAUUUUUUUAGACAUGGUACCCAUUGAUAUGCAUUUAAACGUUUUACUGCUGUGUUAUGUUGAUAACAUAUAUAAAUAUUAGAGAAUGCUAAUGCUUCUGCUGCUGUCUUUUCUGUAAUAUUCUCUUCCAUGCUGAAUUUACUAUGACCAUUUAUAAGCAAUGCAGAUAUAACUACAGAUAGCAUUUCAGGACAAAAUAGAUGACUCAAACCAUUUAUUGCUUAAAAAUAUAGCUUAUGCUAUGCUAUGCUAUAAAACAGCUUUUCUGCACAGUGACAAAUGAAGAGUAAGCUUCAGCUUGCUAAGGGAAACUGUGGAAAAUUUGUGAUGUUGGCAAAAUGGAAAAUUAUUGACAAAUUGUUCAAGGACAUGAGGACAUUGCUGUGUGCCAUAGUGCUGGCACUGACCAUGAUCUGUCAUCUCGGUUGGGACAUUCCUAUGUGAUUGGGUUGUUUGAGAGAAGAUUUAAAGAUCUGGAGUUUCAAAUAUUUUGUUGUUUUGUUUUUUGUUUUCCAUUUAGAGAAAAUAUUAAAAGCAGGAAAUGUUGUUCCAUUCACUCUGAAAAUAAAAAAAAAGUAAAUAAUGUGACAGUACCACUGAGUAGCUUAAAAAAAUCAUGCAAAGAACAUCAUUUUUGUUCAAUCCAUUUUAGAGAACAGCUUAUUUUAAUCUAUAUCAAAGUGAUUUUUUAAAAAAAUCCUUAAACACAAAGCUAAAACAGAGUUAUGGAUGCAUUUCAUGAUGCCCAUUAGGUUUGUAUAAGAGAAUCCUUCAACUAUUGAUUUUCCUACACGACACAAAUCAUAGCUGUUCCUCUAGAUUGAACAGUUAUUGAGAAACCUACUUAUCAAAAUCAGUACCUUCACAUUCAUUUCUUCAAAUUACUUCUGAUUCCAAUUAUGUGUGUAACUUGUGAUUUCAAUGACCGUUCUACAUAUACAUACACAUACUUAUAUGUAUAUAUACACACUUAUGUGUAUACACACACAUACACAAACAUAUAUCAUUCAUCAUUUGGUCCAUUGGGCCAAUAAGUAUGCCUUAAUAUCAAAACUCUCCUUGUCUCUCCCCCACCUCAAACAUACUACUCAUGUGGCCAUUUACAGCACUUGGAAUAAAAACAUUCAAAAAUAAACAGUGAAAUUUUUUAUCGGAAAGAGAACCAAGAUAUAGGAUUGGGCUAUUUGGUGAAAUUGAAGGACAAAUUUUAAGUGGGUCUUUAGGUACAUUCUAAAUAAAACAAAAUCUUAGUGAGUUUGUUUGUUUUCCUUUUUUUCUUGUUCUUUUAUUUCUUUUUAAUAUCCUAAUUAGUCUAGUUGGUCAGUGAGGAUGAAUUGGGCCAUGAGUUAUCUUAAGGGAUCAAAGGAAGAAAUGGUAUUGAUUAUAUGAUAUUUAAGGACAAACUAUAUGUAUAUUGCUGUCAAAAGUAGUAACUCACUGAUGAAACAAGUAAUUGGCCAGCAUUAAGUGUAUUUCCAAUACAGAAGGUUUCAAAAUAUUGCAUUAUAAAUUCUUAAGAAAUGUAUCUAAAGUUUUAUUGUUAAAGUCUGUCUUCAUUCUACAUUUUUGUUUGGUUGUUGUUUUAUUUUUUAAUUUUCAGGUAGAUUAAUAAAUCUGGCAGCUGAUUUCUGCAAGA